UGACAGGUCACUACCACGGCGUUGUCCGGUCCCUGCACUUUAAUCAGUUGAAUUAUUACUGCAUGACUCUUCAUGAAGUGAACAGUGCUGUUAUUGGGGGAACUUCCACAACUCUUUCCCUUGAACCUCCACCUGAACCUCCACCUGAACCUGCAGAGCAGACAUGACCAGCAGUCCGCCGAGUCCUUCUCCAUCCCGAUGGUUCAAAACGCUGCGAAGGACCAGGCUGGGGGAGCCCUGUCUGAAGACAUACCCUCUGGAGUGUGUGGAUCUGCUGAAGAGGGCGCGGGUCGCCUUCCAAGCUGGUCGCACCCUGAAGGAGGGCUUCAGACUAUCUCAGCUGGAGGCGCUGGUGCGGAUGCUGGAGGAACAUGAGUGUGACUUUGUGGAUGCUCUUGGAAGGGACCUUCAUAAGCCAAGGUUUGAGACAGUUGUGUCAGAGCUGAUUCUCAUCAAGAAUGAGGCACUUCAUGCCAUCAUCAACCUUAAGAAGUGGAUGCAGCCGCAGCAUGUGGAAAGAAACCUGUCCACCACGCUGGACGAGUGUCUGAUGGUCAGUGAGCCGCUGGGGGUGGUGUUCAUAAUGGGGACCUGGUGCAGUCCUGUCCAGACGUGUCUGGUGCCGCUGGUGGGGGCCAUCGCAGCAGGAAACUGUGCAAUCAUCGGCCCCUCUGAGUGCACCUCUCACACAGCAGAGCUCCUUCAUCGUCUCGUCCCCUUCUACUUGGACAAUGAAUGCUUCCAUGGGAUUCUUGCAGGCACGAGUGACUUGCCUGAAGUUGUGGAACUUAAAUUUGACCACGUCUUCUUUACAGGUAGCAGGGAGGAGGGAAGCAGAAUUGCUCAAGCUGCAGCUCGCACACUCACGCCCGUCACCCUGAUUUUGGGUAGCAAGAACCCGUGUUAUGUGGACCAAAACUGUGACAUCAUCACCACCGCGCAGCGCAUCGCCUGGGCACGUUUCCACAAUGCCGGACAGAGCAUGGUGGCUCCUGACUACAUCCUGUGCCACACGGACGUCCAAACACGGCUUGUGCAGGCCCUGAAGUGCAUCCUGAUGCAGUUCUACGGCUCUGACCCCAGAGAGUCACGCAGCUACGGCCGCAUGGUCAAUCUAGAGAUCUUCAACCGUACGAGAGACAUGCUGUGGAGAUCUGGCAAGGUGGCUGUCGGUGGGCAAGUGAUAGAAGCAGAGAAAUAUAUCGCCCCAACGAUUUUGACAGAGGUAGCAGAAUCAGAUCCCAUCAUGCAACAGGACGUUUUUGGCCCAGUUCUUCCUGUUCUGACUGUAAACGACAUGGAUGAAGCAAUUGCCUUCAUUAAUAAGCAAGGCAAACCCCUCUGUGUGUACGCAUAUUCCAGCAACAGCAAGGUCAUCUCGAGGCUAAUGAGUGAGACCUCUAGUGGAAGCUUUUGCUCCAAUGACGGCGUCCUGCAAACUCUGAUGGUGGCCCUGCCUUUCGGUGGAGUUGGUGCCAGUGGAAUGGGUUCCUACCACGGCCGCUACAGCUUUGACACUUUCUCUCACAGGAAAUCAUGCCUGCUAAGAGGCACACGGUUUGAGUGUGUAACCUAUCUGCGUUAUCCGCCCUACGAGGACCGCAAUCUGUCUCUAAUGACAUGGGCCAGUACCCUGUCCCAGAAGAGCCAGGGCUGGUGCCAGAUCCUGUGAUCGUGUGGGAGGGUGAUAACCGAGCCAUGCUGGAAGAAAGCCGAAUGCCCCCUAAGUCAGCGACAGUCCUGACAUGCAAAUGUUUUGUUAGUGUAUUAAAAAUAGAUGAGGACAAAACCUACUGGGGUGCAGCUGCAUCUAACAGAGGAAGAGCAAUAUACAUAGCAGCUGUUCAGUCUCUGGGUGAUGAUAAUUAUAAAAUCAACAAGAAAAAGAGAUGCUUGCCAGUAUUUAAAAUGUAUCUGCUGCAGUGCCAUAACUGUACACCAACUCAACUAAAUGUAUGUGAUGGAUGAAACAUUACCUGUGCAAAAUUAAAUAACCAAGAGGUA